AUGAACAGAACAAUUGAGGAAGUUGCAGAAAUUGUCGAUUUACCAACAACCGUAUGCCGUCUUUUGCUUCAUCAUUAUAAGUGGAAUAAAGAAAGUUUACUAGAAAGGUUUUAUGAGGCCGCUGAUCCAAAUACUUUUUUCUCUGAUGCAAAUAUUGUUUCACCGUUUGGCACAUGCGAGAUCUGUUACAACAGCGCCCUUUUGACCGGUUUAUUAUGCAACCAUAAGUUUUGUUUAUCUUGUUGGGAUGCGUACCUCACAACUAAGAUUAUGGAAGAGGGGCGUCCGCAUGUUGCUUGUCCAGAGCAUAAUUGUCCAAUUAUUGUGGAUGAUGAACGGGCGUUGUCCUUGAUUAGAUCUGAUGUUGUUAGAAGUCGUUAUCGUCAUUUAAUGAUCAAUAGUUUUGUUGAGUGUCAUCAGUUACUUCGCUGGUGCCCAGCAGCAGACUGUGGCCGUGUUGUAAUGGUUCAACAGGCGGAGGCUCUGCGAGUACGGUGUACUUGCAGUAUGGUUUUUUGCUUUUUAUGUGGGCAUGAAUGGCAUGAACCAGUUAACUGUAAGUUGUUAAAGUUGUGGCUCAAGAAGUGCAGCGAUGAUAGUGAAACAAGUAACUGGAUUUCGGCCAAUACCAAAGAAUGCCCGAAGUGUCAGGUAACAAUUGAGAAAGAUGGUGGGUGUAACCACAUGACGUGCAAGAACGCAGCAUGUAAAAUGGAAUUUUGUUGGAUGUGUCUAGGCCCUUGGGAACCUCACGGUAGCUCUUGGUAUUCAUGUAAUCGUUAUGAUGACACGCUUGCAAAGCAAGCUCGGGAUGCCCAAGAGAGGAGUCGCGCUGCUUUGCAACGAUACCUUCAUUACUACAAUCGUUUCAUGAAUCAUCAACAAAGCUUAAAGUUGGAAAAUAAGUUGUAUGCAACUGCAAAAACGAAGAUGGAACAGAUGCAGCAAGCAAACAUGUCCUGGAUUGAGGUUCAAUUUCUGCGCAAGGCCGUAGAUGUUUUAUCUGAAUGCCGUCGUACCCUAAUGUACACUUAUGCAUUUGCAUUUUACUUGCAAAAGGAUAAUCAGUCAGAAAUUUUUGAAGAUAAUCAACGCGAUUUGGAACAUGCCACAGAGCAGCUGUCCGAGUUUUUAGAACGCGACCUGGUUAAUGAGAACCUUGUUUCUCUAAAGCAGAAAGUGCAGGACAAAUUUCGCUAUGUUGAACAGCGUCGUGCAGUACUGCUAAAACAUUGCGCGGAAGGUUUUGAACGUGAUUUUUGGAGGUUUACAGCCUGA